AUGCAUUCGGCCGACCGUCUCACGCCCGACACGCCUCCCACCAAGCGGCACAAGACGCACGACGACUCGCCACAGCGUUCAAGCUCGCCGGGCGGGUCUCCCCAUGCCAGGAAACACUCAGAGGCCCCGUGGCAGGAGACUCGCGAUCCCUCACCAUCCAGAUACGACGCGACGAGAAGUCCCAGUGCCACGGGCUCAAACAAGUACUAUUCAUCGCGGUCUCGCUCGCGAAGACGGUCAAGAUCCAUCUCCACCUCGGAGUCGAGCACGCGGUCAGGGUCGCCCCCUCGUUCCCGCACGCAUUCUCGCCGGCUGUCCGGGUCGUCAACGUCCUCUGACCGCACGCGAACCGAGUCCUACUCGCCCCGGCCGCGACAACACACACCGGCCCGUGAGCCCUCGAAGCCCAACUACAGGCCACGUCUGGUGCUGCACGGCCACACAGGCCCCGUCUCACAGGUCAGGAUAUCGCCAAAUGGCAGAUUCAUCGCCUCAGCGUCCGCAGACGCAACCCUCAAGCUGUGGGACGCCGCGACCGGCGCGCACAUGGACACGCUGGUCGGCCACAUGGCGGGCUUGAGCUGCGUCGCAUGGACUCCGGACAGCAACACCCUGGCCAGCGGCUCCGACGACAAGGCCAUCCGCCUGUGGGAUCGCGUGACGGGACGCCCGAAAACGACCACGCGCAAAUCAGUCGCGGGCCAGGAAAUGGCCGCCCUGCGCGGCCACCACAACUAUAUCCACUGCCUGGCGUUCUCGCCAAAAGGAAACAUCCUCGCCAGUGGCUCCUAUGACGAAGCCGUGUUCCUAUGGGACGUCAGGGCCGGACGGCUGAUGAGGAGCUUGCCGGCUCACAGCGACCCCGUCAGCGGCAUCGACUUUUGUCGAGACGGCACACUGGUCGUGAGCUGCUCGACGGAUGGACUGAUUCGAGUCUGGGACACCUCGACCGGCCAAUGUCUCCGGACACUCGUCCACGAGGACAAUCCCGCCGUGACAAACGUCUGCUUCUCCCCCAACGGCCGCUUUGUCCUGGCCUUUAAUCUCGACAACUGCAUACGUCUUUGGGACUACGUGGUGGGCACCGUGAAAAAGACGUACCAGGGCCACCGGAACGAGAAAUUCGCCAUAGGUGGCUGCUUUGGUGUCUUGGACGAAGAGCCCUUUGUCGCCUCUGCAAGUGAAGAUGGCGAUGUGGUACUGUGGGAUGUCAAUAACAAGGAGAUACUGCAGAGAAUCCUGACAGGCCACAAAGGUGUCUGUUUCUGGGUUGAUGUCAACGGCGAGACUUUGGCAAGUGCUGGACAGGACCACACCAUUAGAGUGUACAAACACAUAAGGGAGGGCGACGACACAAAUGAGAAUGCCCAGUCUGAGGUGGCGAUGGCGAGCCAGUUGCAGGGUGAGCUGCCUAUUCGGCAGGAGGACAUCAAGUUAGAAGAUGCGUGA